AUGGAAAAUUCCGACGAUGAGGAGCCAGUUUCCGAGAUCGAAGCAUCUUCCACAAAAGCAAAGGCCGUGUCAGACUUUGAGCUCGCUAUCGUCUCCUAUGGCCAUUCCAACGGCCCACUCACCCUCUCGGAGCCCGGCACUGUCGAACAGCUGACUUUUUCGGUGAGGGACAUCAAAAACCCACCUGCCAAGCUCCGCAAGACGCACACUGGCCUGUCAUCUCAUCUGCGCAAGGAAGUCAUGGCUAAUAAGGCCGCCGCUGCAAGAUUAUGUUUCAUUAUCGGGGCCGUGCGGGCGAAGAUGCGUGAGAUGAGACUUGCUCGCGAGGGGGUCGACACGAGCACGGAGACUCCUUUAGCCCCUGCGGGGCCGUCGACACUCGUGGUCGGCAUCAUGUGUGAACGAGGGAGACAUCGCAGUGUCGCCUUCGCGGAGGAACUUUCUCGAAAGAUCCAAGCCGAUGGUUGCUGGAUAGUCUCGGUCCAGCAUCGCGAACUAAGCUCAUUGUCGGAUCGCCAAGGCGGUGGUGUCGAGGACGAGCACAGCUUGGGAGGGGACGGGAGAGCCGGACACAAACACAGGAGACAACGCGAUGUGGAGAGGAAGAAAGGUAGGUCAUUCGCCGGACGAUCUGUGCAAGAAGCGGUCGCCGAUGCUGAGGAGGAUGUUUGA